UGCUGCUGCUGCUGCUGCUGCUGCUGGGACUGAUGAUGAUGAUGCUGGCGACGGGACAACGGUUGACCACGACGGUCCUGCGUCGGGCAGCACGCCCGGCGGGCCUGCUCGCUGCUGCCACUGGAACUCAAGCGCGUCGUCAACUUGGCGAGUAUGCUGGCAAGGACAUUCAGUGCAAGGCCGCCGUGGCCUGGGAGCCCAACAAACCAGUCUCUGUGGAGACGGUCACGGUCGCCCCUCCAAAGGCGGGUGAAGUGCGCCUCAAAGUGGUCGCAAACGCCCUCUGCCACACAGACGUGUACACGCUCAACGGACAGGAUCCCGAGGGCAAGUUCCCGAGCAUUCUCGGCCACGAAGCCGGCUGCAUUGUCGAGUCAGUGGGCGAAGGCGUGACUUCAGUCAAACCCGGAGACCGCGUUAUUCCUUGCUAUACGCCCGAGUGUGGUGAAUGCCUCUUCUGCGAGUCCCCCAAGACUAACCUCUGCCCGACCAUCCGCUCCACUCAGGGACAAGGCGUCAUGCCCGACGGUACCUCGCGCUUUUCCAUCAACGGCGAACCCAUCUACCACUUCAUGGGCACCUCCACCUUCUCCGAGUAUACCGUGGUGGCUGAGAUAUCUUGUGCCAAAAUUGACCAGCAAGCCCCGUUGGACGUCAUGUGCCUCUUUGGCUGUGGCAUCAGCACGGGCCUCGGUGCCGUCUUCAACACUUGCAAAGUGGAAGCUGGUAGCACUGUGGCCGUGUGGGGUGUUGGUGCUGUUGGUCUGGCGGUCGUCCAGGCCGCCAAAAUGUCCGGCGCCAAGCGCAUCUUUGCCAUUGAUACCAACAACGACAAGUUUGACUUUGCUCGUCGCAUGGGCGCCACGGACUGCAUCAACCCCCACGAUCACGAGGAUCCAAUCCAACAAGUCUUGAUCCAGGAGACCAAAUGGGGUAUCGACUACACCUUUGAUUGCACGGGCAACACUGACUGCAUGCGCGCGGCGCUCGAGAGCUCGCACCGCGGCUGGGGCAAAUCUUGCGUCAUUGGCGUCGCGGCGGCCGGCCACGAAAUCUCCACCAGGCCCUUCCAAUUGGUGACGGGCCGAUGGUGGGGUGGCACGGCCUUUGGCGGCUACAAGUCACGCUCUGAGGUGCCUAAGCUGGUGGAGUCUUCCAUGAAGGGUGAACUGCCCAUUGAGCAGUACAUCACGCAUCGUUUCCAGGGCGUGGAGCAAAUCAACGAUGCCAUCGAGGCGCUGCACUCGGGCGAUUGCUUGCGUGCCGUUGUGACUUACUAAGAUCCUGUCGUUUGGUUUUCUGAUGCUUGGCCCAGGCGAUCGAGAGCGAGGGCAAGUGGACUCCAAUUGACAUUUUCCAC